AGCGCUUCGUAGAGAAGAGGAAGGGAAAUUCCCUUUUCCUGAGAGAACGUGCGCCGUGAUCGUGAUUGCCAGAACUGUACUUGUUGCAAGGCUUUGCAGCCAAGAACACCUAGACUAAGGACAGCAUUGCACACGGCAGCCCGGGGACGUUGCCACUUCGUGUUCGGCCAACCCCCGUUGAAACGCACACCCAAAUGUCUCUAGAAUUCUAGACAGUCCUAGCCAGUACAGUAUCAUUAACAUUGACAUGGAUUCUGUUCAGGAUGACUGUUUGUCUAAAUUAGAACAAGAACCUUCAAUUGAGGAUUGCUUCAGACAUUUAGCUGAGGAAGCUCGAGAAUUGUAUCUGUCACCCGACGUGCCACGUUUGACUAAGCCUCCGACACCCUUAGAGUUCUACCGUGAUUAUGUAUCUCCAAACAGACCUGUCAUCAUAGAGAAUGCAUUCAAUGACUUUCCUGCUCUCACCAAGUGGUCAAUACCAUACUUCAGAGAACACUUCAAUGAUAAGAUCCUGACUGUGGCUGUCACUCCAAACGGCUAUGCUGAUUCUGUCUGCGGAGAUUACUUUGUUUUGCCUGAGGAAAGGGAGAUGCCAUUUGCAUCCUUUUUAGACAUUAUGGAGGGAAAAUCAGAGCUGAAAGGCGUCUAUUAUGUCCAGAAGCAGAACUCAAAUUUGACCCUUGACUUGAAAGAGUUAGUAGAAGACAUCAAAGAGGAUAUACCUUGGGCAUCAGAAGCAUUUGGACAGAAACCAGACGCUGUCAACUUCUGGAUGGGUGGACAUGAAGCAGUCACUUCUAUGCACAAGGACCAUUAUGAAAACCUGUACUGUGUUAUACAGGGUGCAAAGAAAUUCAUAUUACAUCCACCUACUGAUAGACCAUUCAUACCUUAUGGAAACUAUGCCCAAGCAGCAUACAAGGAAAUCAAUGGCGAAUUCCAGAUAGUCCCUGACCCUGGAGGUCACACUGUACCAUGGAUUGCCGUUGACCCUUUGAAUCCUGACCUCGAUCGACACCCGGCGUACGGUGAGGUCGAUCAGAUCAGGUGCACGGUGCGUCCUGGUGAGAUGCUGUAUCUUCCAUCGUUGUGGUUCCACCAUGUUAGCCAGGAAGAUCAAACUAUAGCAGUUAACUACUGGUACGACAUGGAAUAUGACAUCAAGUACAAUUACUUCACGGCUCUUGAGAAAAUUGUCAAGGUUAGAUCAGGAGAAGGGAAGAGAUGACAGAAAACAAUCAUCUUUAUUAAAUUCAGCUGAUUAAUAGGUAGUAUGAAGUCUACAAAAAAGACUGCAUUUACUUGCUUAGUACAAACAUACUUGCAGGAAAAAAUUACAUGGGGGCUCGGGGUGAUUUCGCCCCCGAAAUGCUCAGAAGAUCCCUGGAAAAUUAACAAAGAGCCCCUAAAUUUCCCUAUUCACUGCACCCAAUGUUUGCAGAUUUAGGCAGUAGGUUGUGAAAGGUAGUCUCCUAAAAAGAAAAUAAUAUUUUUUGGCCUGCAUACAUGUAGAAGCUUCUUCCAAGAUGUUUAAUAUGCUCUACAGGCCCUGUUUACAUCAAGCUUACCAAUUGAUUAACCCUAACUAGGCCGGGCUUUUUUGGCUGUUCUGUGGCUGGGGGGGGGUUGAUUCAACCCCCCCCUGAGAUCUCAGCCGCCGAUCGCGCAAGCGCCGCAAAAAUUUGUGCGCUGGUAGUGUGCAAUGUAAUCUACAAGGCUGUAUGGUAAAAUGUUCCAAAAUAAUGAGAUUUUAUUUUAUAUGAUUUAAUUAUGCUAAUUUAUGCAUAAAUCAUACUUUUUGCUCUAAUUCACUAAAUAAAGCUCCUAGAAUGCUAAUUUUUGGUAAAAAUAUUCUUUGUAGCAUUCUUAACAAUGGCAAUUGAAAAAAACUUUGGUUUGGAAAUCAAUUUCUUAUGUAUUUUAUUGUUUUAUGUAUUUCUCUGUUUUUCAACCUUUUGUUUUUCUUUGUUUUUUUCGCCAGAUUUCUUGCACAACCUUUUUGAAGCAUAAUUUUGCUAAAAUCAAUUGCUUUCAGCUGUUUAAAGUAAAAAUAAUCAUAUCUUUAUGAAUAAGAUGAGAAAACUCAAUUUGCAUUGACUUUGUACACAAAAUCACGUUUUGGAACAAUUUUUGGUCUGACAUGCACUUACAAAAUGUUGCGUAAUUUCGGAACCGUGUACCCGGGCGUCGUAAAUUUGGUCUCAAAAGAUGCGCGAGACUUAAAAGUAUAAACUCUGCGAGUGGCGCGGUCAAAACAUUUCGCGCGGCGGAAUGAUCGCAGAAAAUGUUGAGGGGGGGGUUGAUUCAACCCCCCCCCCCCCGGCCAUUUUAGGGUUAAAGGACAAAUUUUUUAAAUUGAUGAUUGCAUUGACCAUAAUGUAGAGUUCAGUAUAAAAAUCAAUCUUACAAUCAAUCACUUGGACAAGUCCACCCUAACAUAAAGUUGAUAUGAAUAAAAAGAUAAAAAUCCAACAAGCAUAACAAUGAAAAUUUAAUCAAAAUCGGAUGUAAAAUAAGAAAGUUAUGACAUUUGAUGUUUCGCUAAAUUUCACAAAACAGUUAAAUGCACAUCCUGGUCGGUAUGCAAAUGAGGGGAAUGACGUAUUUGCCUGCAUACAUGUAGAAGCUUCUUCCAAGAUGUUAUGCUCUUCAGGCCCCAUUUCCAUCAAGAAGCUUACCAAUUGAUUAAAGUACAAUUUUUUUUAAAAUUGAUGAUUGCAUUGACCAUAAUGUAGAGUUCACUGUAAAAAUCAAAAUUACGAUCAAUCGCUUAAGUUUUGUGUUUUUCAAAUUGAUUCAUGUGUCUUUACAUUUAGAUCUCUUACUUCACCUUUUAUUUAGUCUUGUUUGCCCAUUUCCCUUUGAUGUACGUGGGCCGUGGGGGUGGGGUUCCACUUCCACUGAAGAGUGGACAGGCUACUCUCGUUUCGUGCUUACCCCAGAAAAAAACACCCCUUUUUCCAUUUUUCUCUUGCAGAUACUGUCUAUGCUUUAAUGGAAGUGCCCCACCCCCACCCAGCAUGUGGUACUAGCAUUUAAUUCCUUAAUUUUAUCAUAUUUCAGUUACCUUUGGAGACUGCUAUUUUUUAUUAAUUAGAAUGUAUUUUCACAUUUCAACCAUGUCCUUGGCUGGUCAAAUAGAUGAUGGCCUUUCAUUUGUCAAUAUUCAUUCUAUGCAGCUUGAUGCUCGGGUGGACUGUGCCUAUAAUUUUUGUCAACAUACAUGUACAUGUCAUCUGUCAAGUUAAAAACAAACAAAAAAUCAAUAUUUGUGCAAUAAAUGUUUUAUAAAAAAGUCAAAACAUUCUCUGCAUGCUCUUACUUUCAAGUUCAGAUACUGUAGGAUCUGUUGAAUUGAAAGAUUGAAAAAUUGGUAAAUUAAGUGAUGGUUCGAUUGAUAGAGACUUAAAGAAUGACUGCUUUAUUGAUUGGUUGAAUAAGUGAUUGGUUGAUUGACUUAUUGAUUUAUUAGUUGAUUGUUUGAUUGAAUGGAAAGUUGUUUGUUCAUUUUUUCUUCACUGAUUGAUUAAAUACUUGAUCAUUUGUACUUCAGAGAAAUAUAAUGGUAAGCUUAAUUUCUGAAAAGACGCGUAUUUGGAUUGAAAAAAAAAAACACACAGAUUAAUGGGAACCUUGAUCCAACUAAUGAAAUUGAUUUUUUUUCUUGUGAUUUUACAGCCUAACCUUCAUUUUGACAUCAUGAAUCAUCAGCUUUACCUAUAAAGAUAUAGUACACAACCAGAUCACCUCAGAAUUAAUUCUUUGUCUUAUCAUCUUGAAAAAGGAGUUUAUUGCAUAGAGAGUGCUAAAACAAUACUAAAAGUACAUAAUCAUACAUGCUUUGGUAAGGAAAUAUAUUGUAAUAACAAGCUGACUGGUGUCCAAAAUAAAUUCUUAACAUGACAUACCUUCAACCUGCCAACAUAUAAAGUGCUCAGGAAGGGUGUGUUCUAAGCCAUAGGCAUGCCUUUUCCCUUCCAAAAAUAUUUGGGUUCUGGGGGAGUUAAGCUUCAAUGAAUGUAAGAGUAUCACAUGAGUAUCCAAUAGAGUAUAAAACAAAGAUUCAGUAUGUUUUACAGUUUUUUUUUCCCCCAGUUUGACACCAUCAAGGGUUGCAAAUUCAGAAUAUGGCAAUAAUGAUAUUGGGGAUCUUUACUUGUGUGUGUGGAAAUUAUUUGGUA